UGACGAAUAAUAUUCUACCAUACUAUAUUACUUCUGAUACCUGUGUAUACAACGCAAAGCUAAAUGUUUGUUUUCACAUAAUCAAAAAUGAAAACGCGUGGCUAAUUUAGAAAAUUUUAUCUGUAAUCAUAACUUCUUGCGACACGGACCUGGGAACAUUGCAUGUAUACAAUGAAAAUGCAAACCAUGCAACAUAUUUUGUUGUUUAUUUUGACUUUUGCAUAUAUAGAAGCCUUUUUUUCUAACCCAUACGGACUAUAUGUUGGUAGAGAUGACUUUACACACGCAGAUAUCACAGAAAUUGGAAUUCUGAAAGCCGUAGCAGCCUUCUAUGAGGAAACACCACUUACUCCAGAAGGAUCAACACCUAGCUCGGGUUCUCUGACGGGAAUACAAGACAUCACUGCUAAGAAGCUCUACGAUCAGGUUUACGCAGGUUCAAGAUCACCGAGGCGCCUACAGGAUGCUAUUGACAACAUUGUUAGAUACAAUAAUCAAGUUGACCAGGACCAUUAUAAUGAAGCUGCCUGGCAUUUUAAUGGUGAACAGAUAGAACAAACGUCUUACCUCGGUUCAAGAUCACCGAGGCGCCUACAGGAUGCUAUUGACAACAUUGUUAGAUACAAUAAUCAAGUUGACCAGGACCAUUAUAAUGAAGCUGCCUGGCAUUUUAAUGGUGAACAGAUAGAACAAAGUAACUUAAAGCUCCAAGGUAUACGCACACAACUUCUAUUGGAAUUAAAUAAGCCGAAUCCUGAUUAUGAAUUAUCACGACAACUUAUUGGGCAAUUUUUACAUAUUUUACAAAUGUUUUAUUCAAAUACCAACUGGAUCGAAGACAACGGCGUAACCAUAUAUCCCGCUGUCGGUAUGGCAGGAGUAAAAUUAUUACCAACUGCAGGUCCUAGUGACGACGCUUGUAAAAAUUGUGUAGGAGUUUGUGUAUUCAAUAUAAUCUUGCCGAAAAAACAGUUUUUGACAAGCGGAUAUAAAUCAGGACAAGACAUUGCAAAGCCAUACAAAGACCCAAAAGUUAAUACAAAGGGCAAAUGUAGCCACGGAGGAGAAACUGACUACACCUCAUCUGCAGCGACGGGCGGAAUAAAUAAAGACUCAAGAAUAAGUGAGAGGUCUCCGCAUUUUUAUAAACAUGACCAAGCAGCGGAAACGGCUAUAGACCAUACUGUGUACUUCUUGAAUGACAACACAAAUGGGAUACGACACUUGACUUCUCCAGAAAAUUUCAUGAAGCUGCUACAAUUAGACUCUGAUUACUCCUUAGUUUUUGUAAUCGACACAAGUGGAUCAAUGUCUUCUGAUUUACCAACGAUCAUACAGCAGUCAAAUAUAAUUAUACAGGCUGCCAGUACUGUUUCCAAUUCACCAUAUAAUUAUAUUCUUGUAACCUUUAGUGAUCCAGUGACAUCAAUAAAUGUACGAAAGACUACAUCAUCAGCAGAUAUUACAAACUGGAUUAAUGGAUUAAAGGCCCAGGGCGGUAAUGGUAAUGAUUGUCCGGAAUUUUCGUUAUCUGCUAUUGAGUCAGCUGCUAAUGCAUCUUCUCCUGGAUCUAUUAUAUACGUAUUCACUGAUGCUACACCAAAAGAUCAUUAUAAACAAGAAAAGAUCGAUAGUCUUAUAGCAGAAAAACAACUCCAAAUACUCUUUACUGUCACCGGUUCAUGUUCAACAACGAAUCACAACGGUUUGAAGUAUAGUGACAACUUAAACCCAGGAAUAGAACACUAUCACCAUCGCCGUGCAACCCCCUGGGAUCUAAUGGACGUGUAUCGUCAUUUAGCCUCAGUAUCCGGUGGUCAUAUGUUACAGACUACCAAGGAUCAAAUACCCUAUGUAGCAAAUAUGUUCAAGGCAUCUCUAUCAAAGUCUGAAGUAUUAAUCUUCAAGAACGUAUUGCCAGGAGGACCAUCAACACCAAAACAAAUAAAUAUUGAUAUUGAUGAAAGUAUAUCUCAAUUUACAUUGAAGAUACACAGCAAAAACAAUGUUCCGCAUUUCAACCUUUUAAAUUCAAACGGGAAUACACAACCUAUUGACAACAAGACAAUUCACAUGUACAAUAUUGGUACAACAUAUAUUUGUAUUGUUGUGGAUAAUCCUAAAACUGGCAGUUGGUCGUUACGUAAGAAUGAUAUGAAUGAGUGGGAUGUAGAGGUUACAGCUCAAAGCACAGUUGAUUUUACAGCAAAGUUAAUGACAUAUGAUGCAUCAAGUUUUUCCUACUAUCAAAUUCAUGGAAGACCUAUUCCAGAUGAAAAUGUAACCUUGGCGAUUGGAAUAGACGACACCAGAAUAGACUUAUAUCGUGUUUCGCUAUUGAGUGUAUUUGAUAAUGAAUUAUCACAUUAUUCAUUGCAACGGAGAAAUAAAAGCAGCCCUCGGGCGUUCUAUAUGACUACUAUUGUGAUUCCACAUGAGUUUUUCAAAUUGGCAGUUGUUGGUACAACUAAGUCCACUGGUAACAAUUUUGUACGGAUACAUCGGAAUUGUAUAGAAAUAGUUAAUAAAAAACUAGACCUUUACCUGAAAAAGGUAUAUUAAAUAAUUGUUAAUUGAAAAGGAAUAGUUAGAUCAAUAAUAAUGUGAUAAGUUACGAAAAUGCUUUAAAUUACGCAAUGAGAAGAAAGUCAUCGUUUACAUACAAAGUAAAUUGCAUUGUUUGUUUUGACAUCAUUUGUUAUGUAACUCAAUGAAAAAUGUUCAUUGAUAAACGUCAGAACCUUUGAAAGUAAAUUCUUACAUUUUAAAAUUCUUAUCAACAUCAUUUGUAUA